AAACAGCAGUAGAUCAUGGCCACUAACUACAGCGCCAACCAGUAUGAAAAAGCUUACUCACCCAGGUACCUGCAGAACUGGUCUCCUGCCAGGCCAACAAAAGAGAAAAUUGCUGCCCAUGAAGGUUACACUCAGAUCAUCGCCAACGAUCGAGGGCAUCUCUUGCCUUCAGUGCCCCGUUCCAAGGCAAGUCCUUGGGGUUCUUUCAUGGGCACCUGGCAAAUGCCCCUGAAGAUCCCACCUGCUCAGGUGAACUUGACCGCCCGUACAACUACAGCUGCCGACAACCUCACCAAAUGGAUACACAAGAAUCCUGACCUCCUCAACGCCUGUAAUGGGCUGCGUCCUGAAAUCUCAGGCAAGCCCUUCGAUCCCGACAGUCACAAGAAACAGAAGAAAUCUGUCACCAAGACUGUACAACAAGCACCAAAUCCAACGAUAAUUCCCAGCUCCCCGGUUAUCCAAGGAGACAACCCAGAUGAACCGCAAAGCUCGCACCCCUCUGCAGGUCACACUCCAGGUCCCCAAACUCCAGUCAACUCUCCCAACAACCCACCUCCGAGCCCGUGUAAGAGCACCAAGUAGGUCCUAGUCUAGCUGAGGUCCAGACCUAUGCAAGGCAAAGGCCACGCUAGGGUGACAUUUUAGAGACUGACUGAAAUAGGUAAGACCCUGUAUUCAGAAAUGUGGGACCAGAGAAAUGGUGGGCUAGGAGUGAAGGCAGAUUUGGGGAAAUAAACAUUGUUAAAUC